UUCACUCCUGUGAAACUCACAGUUUCUGUACAUUGUGUUAGAGCUUGGGUCAAAUGAAGAAAACCAUGUGACGGAUGGCGUCUGAAGCUCCAGAAAGAGCUGUAACAUGUUGCACAAUAACAUCGACAGUUGACGCAGCACAUCUGAACAAAGAUAUUACAGAUUUAAUAAUGACACACGCUUCUUGGACUUUUAUUGCACACGUAUGAGACUAAAACUGAGACUAAAAGAGGUGUUGUAGAGCUUUUUUGCUCCAGUCUUGUCCCUGUACUGCUGAGUUUGAAGCCCUGAAGUUUGGAGUAGUGUUCAGCACAAAGAGAAAAAAAGCCCCAAAGCUUCAUAUGGCUUCACUCAGCCAUCACUAGUGGAAACGUGGGCAAAGUGGUGCUACAAUGUACCAGUAAAUGAUGAGGGCUUAAAAUGUAAGCACAUUAUCUGCUGUGAAGUAGAGAGCCACACUACCUUGCAAUUCAACAUGUAUAGUGGUGCCACGUUAAGGUUUUAUUAUAUUAUUACUUAAUACUUCAUUAUUUUUUAGUUUAAAUCUCUGUUUUUAUAACACAUUAAUUACAAAAUGUCAAAGUAAAAAGUAUUUAAUAACCUGGAAUGUAACAAAACUUUACAAAAAACAAAAACCAGUACAUCUUGCGACAAGGACGUCUGAUCAAGAAACUCAUGUUACAGUCGGGAAAGCGUUUGUUUCCAAUCCCAGUGGCUCCACUGCGCCUGCGCCUGCGCCUACCUGGCCAAUCACUACCAACUCUCGUUGAGACACAUAUCGUGUCGCGAUAGUUCAUGGGAGCUGUGGAUUCAAACUGCGGCGGUUUGACUGACUGUGUUGACUACGGAUAGUUGACAAGAUGGCAGCAGAAGAUGAGAUCCAGCGGCUGAGGAGCCAGUUGAGGGAGAAGGAGGAGCAGGUCCAUCAGGCUGCCCAGGCUGGCUUGGAUCUCCUUAACCAGCAGAUGGAACUGCAGAACCGGCUGGAUGAACAGAGAGUGGAGAUGACCAACGCGCUCGAGGCCCUCGAGCAGGACAAGUACUCCCUGCAGAAGGAGGUAGAGUUAAAGAGUCGGAUGCUCGAGUCACUGCAGUCGGACUAUGACUGCGUGAAGAACCAGCAGAGACAGCAGCUUCAGGAACAACAAGAACAUCUGGAGAGGAGAAACAGCACCGCACUCAGUGAGCUCAAUAACAAGAUGCUGAGGUUGCAGUCGGCUCUGGAAGAAUCCCAGCUGAAUGAGAAGCAGCUGAAACACAAGCUUGAGGUGCAGACAGAGACUCUCAAUAACAAGAUGGAGGAGCUGCGAGGUCUGAAUGAACACACCCAGAGCUCCUUGACAUCUGAGAUGAUGGAGGUGCAGAUGAAGAUCAUGGACCUGGAGAACAUCAAGCUGGACUUGGAGCAGACUCUGCAGGAGUCUCAGUACAGAGAGCAGCAGCUAGAGCUGACCAAUAGCAGCCUGCAGCGCCACCUGGAGCGAAUCACAGAGGAAAAAGAGGAGAGGGAGAAGGAGGCUGUCUCCUGGUUUAAUGCAUUAGAGAAAUCUCGUGAGGCUAACCGGGACCUCCAGAUCCAGUUGGACCAGGUUUUACAAGAGGCCCAGGAUCCAAACAGCAAAGGGAACUCCCUUUUUGCUGAGUUGGAAGAUAGGCGUGCAGAGAUGGAGAGGCAGCUCAUCAGUAUGAAGGUCCAGUAUCAGUCCCUGCAGAAACAGUACGCCUUCAGCAAACAGCAGCUGCAACGCAUGAAGGUCCAGAUAGCCACUCUGAUGCAGCUCCAGGGUUCCAGGGCUGAUCCUGCCCAGCUGGAGAGGCUCCAGUCCAUGCUCUCAGAGAAAAAUGGAGAGAUCCAAAACCUAAUGACAAAACUGCAGAGGCUGGAGAAGGUGGAGAUGAUGAUGAAGUCUCAGCCAGCUAAUCCUGCUCCAGCAGAGAGCGGUGACGGCCAGGAUGAAACUUACUACACUGACCUCCUCAAAAUGAAGCUUAACAACACUGUUAAGGAUGCAGAGCGUCUAGGAGAUGAGCUUUCCCUGCAGAGGAUGAAGUCUUUGUCAGAGAGUCAGAGAGCUUUGGAGCUGGAGAGGAAACUGUUCUCAUCUGAACGGCUGCUCAAACAGGCUCAGAGUGACAAGAUCAAACUGCAGCUACGAGUAGAAGAGCUCCAGCACAAAUAUGAACCAAAAGAGGGGAAAAAGAAUCUGCUCCAGAAGAGAAAGAAAGAGAAACUUCCUGUUGGCAUCAUACCCUCCUCUGAGGAGGCCACGCUUGACAAGGGUGAGCAGGUUGUUGCCGUGGAGAUGGACGUCACAGCUACUAAAACUGCAGAGCCUGAAGCCGACCCCUCUCCCACGGCUGAGGCAGCGAUCUCCACACAAAGCGUGCGCAUCGGAGGUUCAGAACCUGAGCCGCGACCUGCCAAGUGUGUGAAGAUCAGUGGAGAUGAGCCUGUGGUGAUUCCUGAUCCAAGCUCUCCUGUGUCUGACUGUAAAGAGAUGGAGCUGGAGGAGAACCAGCAGCAGAACAAGAGAGAGGACAGAAGAAAGAAAAGAACAGUGGAGAUGAUCCACGUCAGCUCUAACAGCAGUAUGGAGAACCAGUGUGCACAGCAGUAGGACUCAUCUGAACAUGUGGAUGUAUAUAUGUGUCUGAUAUUCUUUGAAAAAGUAUUGUAUCUUUUUUUUAUUCAAAUAUUCUAAUUCUUUUACCUGUAGCUUUUCUCCUGACUUCACUGUAUUUGUUCUAUACUGUCAAUAUAUUUAAAUGUUACAGUAUUAAAAAUGUUUUGAAACAUA